GCGUGCGCCAUGAUGACAUCGGCGCCGGCCGCCGCACUCGAGUUCCUCCGGCGGGCAACAACUCUCGCCGAUCUGCAGCAGGCAGCGAGCUGCUGCUGCCACCGCACGCCACGCUGCAGCAGGACCGUGCAUAGAAUACCUCCCUCGAUGAACGCGAACACCAAGGCGCUGCGGCGGCCGACGGAGCAGCGCCUCUAGGGACGACCAGGGACGACUUCGUUUUCGCGCGGCGGGCCCCCUGUGUGCGUGCGUGUGUGCGGAUUAUACAAUAUUACGGGUUCUCCCCCUUCACCUCCAGCCCUCCUGUCUCGACGCGUCGGCUCCGUGACAUCCAGUGGCUGACCUUUUUCGGUUGUUUUCUCGUUUAUUUGUGUCGCAAUUUCGUCGUUAUUCCGUGUAACCGCGCGGCACCCCCCCCCCCCCCCCCCCCGACUCCGACACUGUCUCACUCUCUCGUUGGAUUUACUGUGCGUCCACGCCAACGUGCCACGCAUCCUGUACGCGCCGCAACUGGAUACGCAAACUGUGUGCGUGUGUGCGGUCCCGGAGUUCUGAACGAGACCCGCGUGGCUGGCGACAGCGGCUUUUUUUUACGCCGAUAACGGAGGCAGGAUUGGUCGGCCACACUGUGUGUAUCUCCGUUCGAGCUUCUAACUGGUUUCGGAGCUCGUGCCUUUGGACGUCGGCGUCUACAGGACUGAUUUGAAGUGAGAACAGCAGUAGCAGCAGCAGCAGCAGCAGCAGCGGCAGCGCGCCUGCAGCACCGAGCUUAACGGUGACCAUGACGUAACCGAGUCCAGGCGGUGCUCCCCAAAUUCCAACGGCCUCAGCUGAGGCGGCAAUGGCCGGCGACGACCAAGCGCGGCAGCGCACCACGAAUGGCUGCGGUGGUGGCGGCGGCGGCGGCAUCGACGACUCCGGCAAGCUCAAGAACGGCAACGGUCUCCUCCUGCCGCAGUCCAACGGCAACAACCACCACAAGGGUCUCAACGGCGGCGUUGAUGGACUAAACUGCAAGGUCCUGCAGCCUGUGCAUCCCGAAGAAGACCCGGAUUCAAUAUGCGGCCUCUGGUUCUUCAAACCGAGAUGGCUGCAGCGGUUUGCCAACAAAAAGGCGUUCCUGGCCGUGUUCUGCCUGACGAGCGUGCUGCAGGGCAUGUACUACACGUACUUCGUGAGCGUGCUGACGACCAUCGAGAAGCUGUACCAGAUCCCGAGCAAGACCACGGGCAUCAUCAUGUCGGCCACCGAGAUCGGCCAGAUCGGCGGCGCGCUGCUGCUCACCUACUACGGGGGCCAGGGGCACCGGCCCAAGUGGAUCGCCUGCGGCAUGCUCGUGUUUGCCGUUGCCUCCAUCCUGUGUGCCACGCCGCACUUCAUCUUCAUCGACGACUCACUCCUGGUGACGUCACAGGCCAGGGUCCGCAGUUCCCAGAAUGCCACCAUCGAUUCGCAGCGGGCCAAGCUGUGUCAGGCGCUCGACCAGGUUGCGCCUGCCUCUCCGUUGCCGGGCAACCUCAGUUCUCCGUUCGUCAUCGACGGUGCGUUGGCAACGACAUCAUCUGAUGCACUGAACCUCUUUACUGACGGUGAGGGAGCUGGGGGUCCGGUGGCUGACGCGUUGAGACGGGCAGCUCCCAUUUGCGAUGCCUCAACACGGCCGCUCAGCCAGAAUCGCAUCACACACGUGGUGCUCUCAGUGUUCUUCAUCAGCCUGCUCUUCAUCGGCAUUGGUGCCACAGCUGUCUACACGCUCGGCAUACCAUACAUCGACGACAAUGUCGCCAACCGGGAGUCCCCACUCUAUUUUGGAAUCACGAUAGGCGUCAGGAUAUUCGGUCCAGUAUUCGGCUUCCUUCUUGGCUCUUAUUGCACAAGCGUCUAUGUCAACUUUCCAUUUGAGACAUCCAACCUGUCUCCGGGCAACCCGCACUGGGUGGGCGCCUGGUGGCUCGGCGUGUUCAUCGUGGGCGCGGCACUCAUCGUUACGGCUCUGCCCAUGAUGGCAUUCCCGCGCAACCUGCCGCAGCGGCGGUCCUCGCAACGGGUGCCACGACCCGCCCUGGACCGCAACGGCGCCAUCUGCCCCAAGCACCAGCUUCAGCAGAAGGUGCCGCUCAUCAGCUCGCCGCCAGCGUCGCCGUCCGGAGCCAAGAAGGCUCUCAAAGACAAGCCGACGCUCAGAGGUGCUCUUUCUCUUUCAGACUUCCCCACAGCCAUUCGUCGCCUCCUGAAGAACGAGAUUCUGCUGUACCGCACGGCCAGCAGCGUCCUUCACAUCUUGCCAAUCGCCGGCCUCUACACUUUUCUCCCAAAGUACUUGGAGAGCCAGUUUCGGCUUACCGAAACCAAGGCCAACAUGAUCACAGGGUUUGCUGGUAUUCUCGUCAUGGGUGUGGGCAUUUUCGCCAGCGGGACGUUCAUGCGCAAGUACAAGCCGAACGCUCGCUUUGUUGCCAAAUGGAUAGCAUUCACUGCCCUGGCGUACUCCAUCGGCAUGGUCAUCCUCAUGUGGGUGGGCUGUCCCCUUGGAGACUACGUCGGCCUCAAUUCAGAACACAGGGACUUAGACUUUCUACCUCCAGCGUGCAACAGCACCUCGUGCGAGUGCAAGUCGGGGCUCUUUUCUCCAGUGUGCCAUGAUAGUGUGACCUACUUGUCUCCAUGCCUGGCUGGCUGCUCGCAAGUGUCCGGCAGCAAUCAGCAGCCAACUUUUAGCGACUGCCAUUGCACAGGAACCAACGAAACCAUUAUGAAUGGGUUCUGCUCCCUCGAGUGCAACAGCCUUACUUGGUACAUUGUCAUCUUCUCGGUUUUCGUACUCAUACACUCUACGUCCGAAGUUGGGUCCAUGCUGCUGACUCUUAGGUGCGUCGAAUCACAUGACAAGGCCCUCGCAUUGGGACUGAUCCAGUUUGCCAUUGGACUGUUUGGGAAUGUGCCUUGUCCCAUCAUCUACGGCGCGGUCGUCGACUCUGCCUGCCUCUUCUGGGAAGACAACUGCGGGGAGCCCGGGGCGUGCCGCGUGUACGACCCGGCCAAGUUUCGCAUGGUGUUCCACGGCGUCACAGCUGUCAUCAUGUUCGUCGCGUUCCUCGUGGAUGCCAUCGUCUGGUACAAGGCCAGCUCAAUCCACAUCCACGAAGAGGAAGAGGCCAAAGACGUCACCAUUGCGACGGCAGCGAACGACGCGGCUUCCUCAUCUCCGCAAGUCCCAACAGCGCAUGCCGAAACCGAGUCGUGCGUGUGAGGAACGCCUCCGUCGCCACUAGAGUUCGUGGCUUUUGCGUCGGGACGGACAAUGCCGCUGUUACGUCGGUCCUCCGACCCUUCUUGUUUUUGUUUCCUCCUAUUUCCGGCGGAACCAGUUUUGAGCAGCGCUCGCAGAGUCCUAAGAUCAUUGGUGCAGCAGUUGUUCAGCCUGCGCUGCGCCUGUAGGACCAUCGGUUGAAAAAAGCGGUCUGUACAGUCGUCUCAACGGUUUGCCGCGGCAUUCGUGGAAGCCCGAGGCCGUUUAUUUUGCCUGGGGACGAGAAACAUCGUGUGUCCAAAGUGCCAGUCUUGCCUUGCGCUCUAGAUGUAAGCGACCCCGCCUUUAUGUGGUCACGUCCUUCUUAAUCGAGUCUGGCAGUGUCACUUUCCCAAACUCCAUGUACACGUUGUUGUCUGUUAGCAUGGCCCUACAUUACAAGGCUGGCCGUGCAGGUGACUGCAUCAUGGCAGGGGUGCAGAGCCAGCCAGCGGCUCUUUUUGAGAGUUACCUCACAUAAUCGGUGAGACGCGUAACUCUGGACACUUGCUGCAUGCACGAUUGCACUCUCUUUUGAAAGACUGCGUAGAUUAGCACUCCACGAACGAACGCAGGGCUGUUGCCAGUACGGACUUUCACGGAACUUGUUGUUCUGGUUUGGGCAGAGAAGAGGAGGACCCAUGUUGUUUACAUCGCUGGAAGAUCGAGUGCGCAUUUGUUUUGUAUAGGAAUGACUCCAUGCUGUGUGUGUGACACGCGCGGUGCAGUGGUGCGUUUGCUCCCGCAACUGCGGGAGACCUUGUUGCUGGAGCAUCGCGAGAAAGGCAGCUUUUUCGAAUGUGCAUCGCGGCCUUUGUUGUUUUGGAGAUCGCUGUUACCCCCCCUUUUUUUCUUUCAAUCUAGAGUUGUUGAGGUGCUGAGUUCAUUGCUCGACCGAAAGAGAGAGAGAGAAAGCCGAGUGAAAAUGGUUUUACUGUAGUAUAUAUUGCAUUGCUGGGAGGUGAGUGUUGAUUAUUAUUAAGCCGAGCGCUGGGCUGUCAUCUUUGCACGCUGUUGGACAAAGAAAACGCACAACUAUGGGAGAGCUUUGUUUCCUGUUCUAUUUUUUCCCCCCUAUUUGUGCAUAUUAUGUCCCCUUCCCACGUUUAUGAGUUUAGUAAUAUAUGAGACCUGUUUGACGAAGUAGUGUUCCUUUUUCUUGUGGGUGAAAUUCAUCCAAUUUGUGUUGUGCAGUGCUGUUCAUUAGCUUCUUCGGACAUCAGAUGAAGCAACUUUUUAAUCUAUCACAGGCCCCAGCAUUUGGAGUUUGUAUUAAGUUAGCGCAAGUAACAUUGCACCCAACUCCUCUGUGUUUCUGAUGUCUGUUUAAAAAUUAUUUGUGACGUCUUAUUACUGUUGGAGGUAACUAUGAGCUUAGAUUAAUGAUUGAAGUUGUAGGCUGUGCUUUCUUUAAUAGUAUAAUUUGCACAUGAUGAAACAACACACAUGGAAAUUAUGACAGAUUUUAUUGUUAAGCUCUGUAACUCAAAGUGAGCAAGCACAGUACCAUUCGCCUACGUUAUGUCUAAAAAUCUACACCUACCCCUACGUGCUUGCAUGCACUCAUGCAAAUCUGAAGUGUCAGUAAUUUACUCCCACAAGGAAGAACUCUUCCUACUGUAGUCAGUUAUUGAAUUCACUUGGGCCUUAAUUUUGCUUCCUGGGAAGAAAUAACACUUGGGGUGCCUGUUUUUAGCUGUUUUUAAACGAUGUUCCAGUGCAUUUCUAGUGCCACUAGGAGUCGGUGCAGUCUUUUUUUUAUGAUAAUUACACUUUUUAUACCGCUGCAUACCCAGACAUUGGACGUUGCAUGAACUUAGUGGAGAGCAUUUACAGUUAACCGGUUGAUCACGUGGUUGGGGAGGGCAAGUUAGUGGAAUGGUUACAGUUGUGUUUGUGUACUGUUAUUUUCUCAUCAGCCGUGCUUCCUUUGCACUUGAUAUGUUUGCUAGAGGCACACUUUUGUAAAGCACAGUACGGUUUAGCAUUAUUGAACACACUCCCUCAUACAUUUUUACGAACAAUCACAACCGAAUUACAGCAUAAAAGCAUUACGGCUGGUCUUCACUUCGUGGAUGUUAGUCUUAAUGCGUUAUAUCAGCCUCUUUUUUUUUCCUUCUCACUGCGGAAGCAUGUUCAAGUCAUAUUGGCUUUGACACUGGCUAAGGGUUCCCUUUAAUAGUGUACUGUGCUGUACGACUCAGCAUGUGCUGUGCACAUUUGGUGAUGCUGUUUCCUGAAUAACGCGAAAUGGUCCUCAGUCCAUGCUUUUUCAACUGGCACGUCAUCACCAAAAAGCUUUUGCCAGGUAGUAUUCUGGCUUGGCUCGUUCACUCCCGGGUAAUGGGCCGACUUGGCCUUCAGUAGUAGUCUGCAUUUAUUAGCAAGUUCAUAGCAGUCAGAAAUUGCCGUCCUUGAUUGCCACACUAAUUUCACCUGUUGUUACAAUGCAACACUGCGACUGCUAUAUUUAGCUACACUUAUUUGAAUGAAUUGUACAUCUCACUUGCAGCCACGCUGAACCAAGAAUAUUCACUUUCUCGGUAAACGAAAAUUGCAUACUCUCGAAUCUUGAUAUGAUAAACUACACUCAAACCUCAUUAUAACGCAGUCACAUCUGUCACUAAAAUAACUUCGUUAUAUCCGAAAAUUCGUUAUAAAGGUUUAUUGGUAACACUGUAUCUGUGACAAGACUAUUCUAAGUCUACUUCGUUAUAACCGAUAAUUCGUUAUAUCCGUGUUCGUUAUAUCGAGGUUUGAGUGUAGUACGUAAUGACGUAACAAAUCGCGAGACAUAGAAAAGUAUAUCUGGAACUUUUUUUCACUGAUAGCAGCAUGAAUAAGUGCGGCUUAUAUGUCCGACAUAACGAAAAUAAUAUAACGUUGGAUAUAGUUUUGUUAUAAUGAGAUUUGACUGUACCACCUGCAGCUUGCACAACUUCAAUUGCAGCAUUUAACGCCGAAUCAGUCUGUCUCUCUUCUGUGUUGUGAGUUACAACUGUACGCACGCAUAACUGUAAUUGUACACAUGUACUCCUGGCAUGAUGCAGGCUUACGUUUGUGUGAUGUGGGUCAUUGGUAUUGCCUCCCUGUAUGCCAUUGUAAGAGCAUACACGUGUGAAUACCGAUGUGUGAGAGUUUACUACCACUUGGCGUGCUUUGUCGUGAGCAUUCCCUCUCCACAAGAAAUCUACAGAAGAAAAAAAAUGGUGCUGUUGAUGAAUCCAUGUUAACAAAUCAAAAAAGGAUCGUUUUUGUAAAUAUGUAUGUGUGUCUGUAAAUGUGUAUGUGUGCAUGAGUGUUAGUUGUUGCUGGAGAUGUGUUAUAGAGAGUUUUAUAACAUGUGGCUUAAGAGACGUCUACACAAGAAAGAAAUUGAGCAUUCUUUUUUGGCAAGCCUGUUAAAACAUUUUUCACCAAAGAAACACGUCUGCUUACAAAAUAUGAAUCAUGCCACGCCGUUAACAGUGAAAAAAGUUCUUUUUUGUUCUUCGCUUCUGCUGAUAGAAUGCUUCUUCUUUAAGGUAUGUUUUUCAUAGUAUUUAACCAACGCUCUUACCAUACAUCUUAUCAUUGCAUCUGUCCCACAGAUGCACUUGGAAUUCGACGUAGAGUAUGCUUUUACACGCUUUCUGCAUUUUUUUUUCUGAAAAAGCACUUCCUUCAUUAUCAUGUUAAGUAGAGCAAGUUUUACUACUUUACAGCUAGUAAAAAUUCAGUGCAUGAAAGCUGGGACAUCAAAGAAUAUGCGCACAUGGACUGAACUGUCAGUGUUGUCGUGUGCUGGAGUGUACAAACAGCUUCUGCAGUGUUCGCAUAGAAGCAGUUAUAACACAACAGAAAGCAGACUUAUGUUCUAAAUGCCCGAUCUUGGUGCCUGCUUAAUGCACGCCUUACAGCAUUUUUAUUUGUAAUGUUUUCGCUUUUGUUUAUAUUUUCCAUUACACAGAUGUACGUUGAGCGCAUCGCACACAUCUCUAAUUACAGCAAACUUGAUUGUGAGGCCAAGUUAGUUGUGUGCCUCUCUUCAAGGAAACCUUAUUUUUGUAAAAAAAGAAAAUGCAAACAAACAUGCAAAGUGACAAUGUGGUAUAGUAUGCCGGAUUGGCUGAAAGUCGCGUGAAUAAAUAAGGUAGUCUUAUGAUCUAACGAGAAAUUGCCGUCAGAGGCAUCAAUAUUAGACACUGCGAAUGGAAGUGAGAGUUAACAGAAUGUUUGAUUUCCUAAGGAAGAAGAGUUUGUGAAGGCUUAGCUAAAGAAUAUAGUCACAUCGUUCAUUCAGGUGAUGAGUGUCAUAGUGCUUUGUUUAUACAUACCGUUUCUUUUGAAACGCACAUGGUGCUGUAUACGACGCUGACGUGUUUUAGGAGUUUUCAACGUGGUUAUUCCGAGGAAGUCGUUUUUCAGCAUGUUGGUUAUCGUUUUUUUUUUUCUUUUUCUUUUCAUUCUGUAGCAUUGGCUCUUUAUACCAAAUAUACUAUAAAUUUCUUAAUGCAAAAUUGUUAAAUGGAUCAUUUGUUGUCGGAAUUGUGAACACAAAAAUAAAAUACACCUACUGACUCUUA